CUGAGAGUGGAUAAGAGACUGCAGGAUGACCAUCCACAACCUGUACAUAUUCGAUCGGAACGGCAUCUGCCUGCACUACAGCGAAUGGAACAGGAGGAAACAGGCUGGAAUCUCCAAAGAUGAGGAGUGUAAGCUCAUGUACGGGAUGCUCUUCUCCAUCCGAUCCUUCGUCGGCAAGAUGAGCCCAGUGGACAUGAAGGACGGCUUCCUCUCGUUCCAAACCAGCAAGUACAAGCUGCAUUACUACGAGACGCCCAGCGGCCUGAAGAUGGUCAUGAACACAGACCUGAGUGUGGGGAGCACCCGGGAAAUCCUGCACCAGAUAUACAGUACGAUAUAUGUAGAAUACGUGGUGAAGAAUUCCCUCUGUUCCCUCAAUGAGCCGAUUCAAAGCGAACUCUUUAAAACCAAACUGGACACGUUCAUCCGCAGUCUCCCUUUCUUCUCGGCCCGGGCCGGUUAAACUCAACGACUAAAGAUCCAGCGCCCGGUGCAGCGCCACCUACUGCCCGUCCUUCAUUACUGUCCUCCGUGUCAUCCAAUUACAUUUGUUUUUGUUGUCAGCGUCUGACCAAUAAGCUGUGGGGGCAGAAGCUGGCAUCGGAGGGCAUGUAGCGAAUUCCUGGACCUGCGUUACCUGUGUCUGUCUGCCCUGUAUAUCCGUCAGGCUUCCGGAAGGAGGGAUUUUGGAAACAAAAGGGUUAAUAUAAACCCUUCAGGCUGAAAUAGACUGAAAUGCCCAAAAGGUGUUGCCAGCAUCCAAUCACAUUCACUCACAGAGGACUCUUUUUGUUGACAUCGUUCUGAUUGGCUCCUUGCUGUAGCCUCGGGCCAGUUUUAGUAUUCUGAUUGGCUGCAGGCUGGUUCGGCUCACACUGCCCUUGGUACUGCUCCCAUCAUGCCUCACUGGAGGUUCCCCUGGUUUUUGUGGUUUUUAUGUUAGAAAAUAAAAUGCCCAAAUACUGGGGCGAUGUUGAAACAACAUGAAAAUAAAGAGUGAACCGAAAA